GGCUUUAAUCCACACUCCAACGGUCCCUAUCCUUGGUCUGGAAAUCAGGCUCAUUGGCCUGGAGACUCAACCUUUGACGUUCCUCCUCCGGGUAAUUGGGGGCAAAGUGGACAAAUGUGGAAUCAAAAUGGACCUCCAGGCUGGUCACCCGGUUUCCUAGAUGGAAGUUCUCGGCCGCCUGUUUUCUCCGGACCAGCAGCUUUCGUAGCACAAGGCACCCAGGCACCUUUUUACCCACCUACAAACCAGCCAGUGGAUCCCGCUCAUGCAGUGAUUCCCCCCAACUUAUCAAUGAAGGAUGUCGAGCAAAGUGAAGCAAAUCUUAAGGCUCAAUACGAAUCAAUUAUGACUAAACAGAAUAGCGAGAUUGCAGACUGUUUAGAUUCAUACAGAGAAGAAAUGGUCAAAAUUCGUGGUGACGAAAUGGAUAUGCCUUGGGCUGAAAUGGACAAGAUAAUUCAACCCUUGAUAGAAUCAUGUACUAAAGAAAACAUUGCUCGAGGAAAGACGUGGGUUAUAGAUAGAAUGGCCAAAACUCCAGAGUUAACGAAGCUGAUGACAGAUUAUCUUAUUGCCAGAGUUGCGGCAAGGCAUGUAUCAUUUGAUCUUCGACUCCACAUCGUAUAUUUACUCAAUGAUUUGCUGCACCAUUGCAAACGACGUGGUGCGCCACCGCACUUGAAGAGUGCCUUUAGGGAUCUGGUGCUUCCGUGCUUCUGCCUUGCUAUGGAUCUGGCAGAUGCUGAUCGCAAAAUAAAAUUGGUGCGUGUGCUUGAUCUUUGGGUCAAAAAUGAAUAUUUGGAAUCUGAAUUGCUCGACUUAAUGCGUAUCCCCAAAUCGGAGGAAUUUCUCUCUAAAUGGCUGGAGUCCCAAAGAAAGAUGUGUGAAACACGUGAAACUGAGAUACGCGAGCGAUACCAAGCUGAAUAUGCAAAUCUUGAGCAACAGCAUAAUGAAUUUGCGGCUCACGUGCGGCGUGUUCUUGAUGAGCAGCAGCAGCAGCAGCCACCGCCUAUGCCUGGUGGAAAUUUGUAUGAGGGACAGCAACACCAGCCGCCCUACAACAUGUGGAUGCAUGGCCCCUUCCAAGGCCCUCCUCAUCAACAGGGUCCUCCCCCACAUCACAUGGGUCCUUAUCCUCCACCACAUGGUGGGCCGCCGCCCUUUGACAUGGGCCCGUUGCCUAGGCACUCAAUACAUGACCAGCGGGGUGAACAUCCUGGGAGUGGAGGCGGGGGGCCAGGUUUCGAUGGCCCCUAUCGUCAUACUCCUCAUCACCAGGGCCCUCUGCCACCAUUUGGACCACCUCGAUUCCGUGGCCCACAUCCGGGCCACUUUCAUCCGGGCCAUCCGGGUCAUCAUCCUAUGUCUCCAUGGGCCGGGCCCCAACAACCUCCAUUCCCACCCCAUCCCGGCUUCAGAAACGACUUUGCUGGUGACGAUGAAGAUGGGUGUUAUUAUGACGACAGAAGCCAAGCGGAUUGGGACGGUAGCUGUGGUGUUAGAGGUCGGGAUCGCGACAGAGAUCGUUGCGGGGAUUGGGACAGAGACCGUGACAGAGAGGAUGAUCGCUUCGAUAGACGCCGUGGUCGCCUUGAUGCUAGAGGAAUACGAGAUAUUCAUCGAGGUAUAUAG